AUGCCUUUCUCUUUGUCUGCUGGUUCCAAUUUCCCGGAACGCCUCCGCCCCAAUCGCCCCCCUACCGGAUCGGAUACCCCCGUGGUUAGUGACGGACCCGACCCAGUUGAGCAAACUUGGAUGCGGCUUUUGCCCAUCUGUUUGUUCUUCUGCGGCGUCUGGGUUCUUGCGGCGCUGUGGGCGGUGUUCGUCGGCUCUGUGAAGAAGACGAGGUUGUUGGGGGCUGCAAUCUCGUCUCGGAUCAGACUGAUGGAUGCCAACCCUGCAGCAGCAGGCGGGAUUGACGAGCUGCGUCUGCGGCUCAGAUAUCUCGUCGCCGUUGGUCUCAUCACGUCUGCCUUUUGCGCCAUCGCCGUGGCAAGAGUGCUGCCAGAGGAACGUAGCGUGAUAUCUUAUCACGUUGUCAUGAGCCUGGGGCGAGUUUUCCUCUUUGUCAUGCUCGGCAUCUUUGCAGGUGUCCUUGGUGUAGGUGCCACCACGGUCACGCUGAUAAUUGCAAGAGGGGGCGCGUAUCGGGUUGCCGUUCUGGUAUUCCUGACAAUCGCAGUUCUAGUCAUGUCUAUCGUGACGCUGUCGGCUCUCGACGUCUCCCGAGACUCGACUGUCGGCAGUACAAGGCACGAUGGCGAUCUUGAACGUCAGGACAGCAGUCCAUUGCACAGUACGUGA